CCUUAGACACGCACAACAUAUCCCCAAAAUAUUCACAAUUCUGAUUCCUAGUAAAACGUUUUUUCAAAAGUUUCACUCUCCCACAAUUCAUAAAAUACAAACAUAAAAUAUUAAGUUCUCUCAAAAUAACCAAGUGAUAGCAAUAAGCAAUUAAAGGAUCUGUUAGCGGGUAAUCAUAGAUCAGAGCUCAAGGAUGCAGAAGGGCGUCAAGGACAAGGAGCACAGCGACCAGCAACAGUCGAGGCAUCAGACGACAAACGAUGGCUUCCUUGGCAGUUUCUUAUCAAAGGGCCUGAAGACCAAUCAAUUGGUUGUGAAUACGGAUGAGAAGACCCUGCGACCCGUUGCACGACUGAAGGAACCGCGAGAUCUUUUCGCCCUGCCGAAGGACAAGGACAAUGACUGCUCACAGCAGGCCCCCAGAUGGCCCGUGGAGUGUCAGGUCAUCGAGGAGCGCAUCACACACAUUCCCUAUGUGCCGGCCCAGCCCGAGCCACUCAAUAUACCGACGGGCAACGAGCUGAAGCCACGGCCCGUUGGCGAGGAGAAUGGCAUUGUUGUGUUCAGCUACAGUCCCAUCAGUGCCGUCAAUUAUGCAAAGCCCAGGGCCAAGAAGGACGAUGAGUCCAGCGAUGAAUCGGAUUACUCGUCGGACUCCAGGAUCGAUUCAACGCCGCCCAGUCGCUCGACGCCUGUGCGACAGCCGGCUGGGAGUCGCGGGGGCAAGCUGAACAGCGUCUCCAAGAUGAUCAACAGCCUGGACAAUCGCUCGACCAGCGCCUCCUUGGACGAUGACAAUGAUUUUGAAGACGAUUACGACUAUGACACGAGCGGAGCCGGCGGCGGCAGUGGCGAGGCCCGGGAAAAGGCCAUCAUCAAGGAUCUCAUCGAGGAGAAGAAGCGCCGCUACAUGAAUGCUGCUACUCCCACCACAGAGGAGAGACAGCAGCAAAACACUGCCGUGGCAAGUGCUGGCCACAACAGCCGGACGGCCAGCAGAUCGGACAGCAAACCCAAGAGCAGGUCGGCCGACAAGAGCACCAACGGUGACAUUGAUGACAUCUGGAAGAACAACACCAGCGAAUACAAGCCCGCGUCGCCGCGCUACAUCCUCAGCCAAUUCGGGAAGAAUGUGACCAAGGCCGUGAUCGAUCGUCUGGUAGAUCAUGGCGAUGACAAACACCACACAUCGGCCAGCGGCACUCAAAAGGUAUCGACGUCGAACAAGUAUGCCAUAUCCCCGAUCAUAUUGCCCAAAAAGAAUAUUGCUCGCCUGGAGAUCGCCUUUGAGCGCAGUGUCCGGCCCGUUUCCCCGGGCCCAGAACUGAAUAGCACUUUGGUGGGUAAUCACGUGCCGCUCAGCAGCACUGAUGUUAGCAUCAAUCGAAGUUCCGAUAGUUCCGAUUCCGAUACGGAAUCCGAUACGGAAUCACCCGACAGCGGCGGGGAAACAUCAUGCCAUUCAUGCCGCCUUGCUGGUGGUGCUGAUGAUAUGCCAGCGCCUUCUGGUGGCUCUGGAAAUGUAUCCGAAACGGAAACCCUGGUGGGGGAUGCAAGAAAGACCAAAACCAAGCUAGCGUCUGGGGGGCAGCAGAAGGGCAAGCCCCCACGGAAGAGGUCCUUCAUGCUAAGUGGCAGCAAUAUACCAUAUUCGCAGGCGGCUACCCUUGCAGCGGCAGGGACUGCUUCAAGGGGGGCACGCCAUGGUGAAACAGAGCCAAACUCCAUGGAUAGACUCAAGGGUGGGACGGGGGUUCUGACUAGCACUAGCACCAUUCCUGGCAGUAGCACAGGCACUACCACGAGUAGCCUUAAUGCUUACAGGCUGAGCCAAGAUUCAUCCCUGCUGAAGCAGCAAUCGUUCCAGAGUCAAGAAUCAUCGACUAAUCAGGAGACGAACACCUCGUCUCAAUCGUUGUUAUCCUCUUCUAAUCCUCUACCACAAGAACAGUUCAGCCGUUCGGCGGUGGGCGGUGCCAAAUUCGUCACGAACUGCCAUCCGAUGAAUCCCGAGGAGUACGACGGCCUCGAGUUUGAGUCCCGCUUCGAGAGCGGCAACCUGGCCAAAGCGGUACAGAUCACGCCCACCUAUUACGAGCUGUACCUGCGUCCCGAUCUCUACACGAGCCGCUCCAAGCAGUGGUUCUACUUCCGUGUCCGACGCACGCGCCGCAAGAUGCUCUAUCGCUUCUCGAUUGUGAAUCUCGUGAAGUCCGACAGCCUCUACAACGAUGGCAUGCAGCCGGUCAUGUACUCCACCCUGGGGGCCAAGCAGAAGAACGAGGGCUGGCGGCGCUGUGGCGACAAUAUCUGCUACUAUCGGAAUGAUGACGAAAGAAGUACCAGCAAUAAUGCCAACGAGGAGGACGAGGACAACUCCACAUACACGCUCACAUUCACCAUUGAGUUUGAGCACGAUGAGGAUACGGUUUACUUCGCCCACAGCUAUCCGUACACGUACAGCGAUCUGCAGGACUAUCUCAUGGAGAUCCAGCGUCAUCCGGUCAAGUCAAAGUUUUGCAAACUGCGUCUGCUCUGCCGUACUUUGGCCGGGAAUAAUGUCUACUAUCUGACGGUGACGGCGCCGUCCAGUAACGAAGAGAAUAUGCGGCGCAAAAAAUCGAUUGUGGUUUCGGCACGUGUCCAUCCAAGCGAAACGCCCGCCUCAUGGAUGAUGAAGGGACUGAUGGACUUUAUCACUGGCGAUACGACAGUGGCCAAGCGGCUGCGCCACAAGUUUAUCUUCAAGCUAGUGCCAAUGCUGAAUCCCGAUGGUGUGAUCGUGGGCAAUACGCGCAAUUCGUUGACCGGCAAGGAUUUGAACCGUCAAUAUCGCACGGUUAUCCGUGAGACAUAUCCAUCCAUUUGGUAUACAAAAGCCAUGAUUAGAAGACUGAUUGAGGAAUGCGGCGUGGCCAUGUACUGUGAUAUGCACGCGCACUCACGCAAGCACAACAUAUUUAUUUAUGGCUGUGAGAACAAGCGGAAUCCGGAGAAGAAGCUCACCGAGCAGGUAUUCCCCCUAAUGCUGCACAAGAACAGUGCGGACCGGUUCUCCUUCGAGAGCUGCAAGUUCAAAAUACAACGCAGCAAAGAGGGCACUGGUCGUAUUGUGGUCUGGAUGCUGGGCAUCACCAAUAGCUAUACGAUUGAGGCAUCCUUUGGUGGCUCCUCGCUGGGCUCACGCAAGGGAACGCACUUCAAUACGCAGGAUUACGAACACAUGGGACGUGCAUUUUGUGAGACACUGUUGGACUAUUGCGAUGAGAAUCCAAACAAAGUAAAGCGCCAUGCAAAGUUAUAUAGGCAAAUCAAAAAGAUAAGAAAACGCGAGAAACGCGAACAGAAAGCAUUGAAAUUACAGAAAAUGGCCGAUCAGAUUUUAAAUUUACUCAAACAACAGGACAGGUUGCGAUCCAAAAUCAUCGAAAGACUGAUGAGAGAAGGCUCUAGUGCAGACGAGCCAUUGAAUAUACCAUUAUCGGAUUACUCAAGCGACGAGGGCAACUGCAGCUCCAGCUCGGACAACGAGGGCAAGCACUCAAUCACGGCUUCCGACCUCGAGGGACCCUGCUGUGCCCCCAUAAGAGCUCCGCCCAGUUCGCCCGAGGUCGUGCAUGAGAUACGAAAGUUCCGCGUGCGUCGCAUGAGGAAGGUGAUGCACGAACUGGAUCGCAUUUACUUCACGCCGCUGUUCCAGCGCAAGUUUAAGGCCCUCACCACACUGAAGCGACGCCGCCACAAAAUGGGUGUCACCAAGACGCCAGCGCCGCCCGUUGGCAAGCGCCUCAAAGGUGGUGGGGCUGCUCCCGCCGCCGGCUCAGAGGCCAGCGCUUUGCUGGCAGAUCAGUUUAUGCGCAAGCAGUUGAAGAAAUCCCCAAAGAAACACAAAGAAAAGGAAAGCUCCGACAGCACUGGAUCGAGCUCCCAAUCGCAGGAUAGUGAGGCAGCCACUCCCACAGAGACACAAAAGAAGCCAGCAGUGGGAAGGACAACCUGCGGUGCUGCCACGAGCCAGUCUGGGGCUGGUAGCACGGGGGGUUCGUCUAAACAGAAGUCCAAGAAGAAGAAGUUUAUGCCCACGGAGAAGAAGAAGCCGCCAUCGAAUCCCAAGCUGCAUGUGGAUCGCAAUUUUCGGUUGUGGCUGGCCAAUCGCAAGAUCUUCAUAUAUCGCCGCAAGAAGUGCUUACAGACGCGUCGCACUCGUGUGCGCAACAAGGCGGUCAAGAAGCGCGGCGAGGUGGUGCGCACCACGCUGGAUCUACCCACCACCGAUCCUGGCUCCGAUCUGCACUUCUCCACCGACGAUGAGGAGCACUCGCCCACAAGCGGGCCGAGUGGUUACGGGGCGGUGGCCCCUCUGCGGCACACCCUGCUCCAGAGCGAUCUGCAGAGGCGCUACAUCGAGGAGAUCGGCGACACGGUGGUGCAGAAGCCAAAGCCCGCCCACAUGCCACCGGAGCUGAUUGUGACCACGCCCUCGAAGAGCAAUACCCCUGGUGGUGGCAAGAAGCUCGACAUCUACAAGCUAACGCCACGCACAGCUCCCGAACUGGAUGGCGGAGCGAAUCUGGGCAUGGGAAUGUACAAGCAGCAGGGCAGCAGCAGUGGAGUAACGUCGUCGGCCAGGCGUACCUACUCGUGGCACAAUCUCGACCAGGAGGCGGCCCUUUCCGGCAACAGCAACAGCAUCAGCAAACAUGCAGCCAAUUUCUAUAUAAACGAGGCCAAGGCAGCGAUGAAGAUCAAGCCACCGCCACGAAGGAAUGUUCCCAGCAACUUUAUACCCCAGCGACAUGCCACAAACACGUCCUCAGCGGAUGAUCUGCAGCUCAAGCUAUCGCUGAAGAAAAAAAUUUGGACAGGAGUCCAUGGGGAGCCCGAUGGACGACCGCUCUCCUGGGUUAGGGGUCACAUGAACCAGAGUCAGGCCCAGGCCCAGGCCCAGGCUCAGGCCCAGUCACAGGCUCAGAUGAGCACCAUGACCAAUGUAGCCAAUGCCAUACGCAGCGCUGGUGGGGGAGGAGGAGGAGCAUCAGGAAGCCGCCCCAUGUUCGUUGCCAGUGGCAGAGAGGCGGGUGGAGGCAUUACAGCAGCAGCAGCAGCAGGAGCAGCAGCGCCCGCCCUUUUGGGUGCCACACGCAAGCACAGGUCGAAACUCGAGCAAGUGGAUUUGUUCAACGCCUGCUCCCAGAAACUUAUCAUGUGGCAGCAACAGGAGGAGCACAAGAAAACGCAGCCGCAGCGUCUCAUACGCGUAGAGGAUCAACAGCAGCGUGAGGCGAUGCGCUCGUUCAAGCCCAUGCAGUUGGGCAAGAAACAAUCGUUGGGUGUCAAGACCGCGUCCGGCUUUGGCCCCGAUGCCAGCAGUGGUGGUCUGAAGGUCAAACGCAAGUCGAGCAGCAUGAUGAAGAUUGCCGAGACCACGCAGCUGGUCACGCGCUUUGCCCGCACCCGCGGCAGUUCCGGCGGCGCGGCAUUGCAGCAGCAACACCAGCACCAGCAUCAGCACCAGUUGCAGCAGCACCACCCGCCUCAGGGCCAGCGGAUGAUGUUCAAGAAUCCAUCGGUGGCCAGUUCGGGCAGCGGACGCCAUUACUCCGCUGGAAUGAUCAAUCCCCAGCAUGCACGACGUACCAGCAAGUUCAAGACGGGCGGACUAGUGGUCACUGCCGUCCAGCAGCCAAGCAUGGCGCCCGGCAGCAGUAGCAGCUCUCGCCGGAUGCGCAAUGCAGCCGGACUGCCGGGCAAGGCUAGCACGGGGCACAAUGCAGGACUCGGAGCAGCAACUGGAAGCAUUAGCAGCGGCGGCGGCGGCGGUGGUUUGCUGCAGUAUCAGCGAAACAGCAGCACCACCAUACAGAUCAGCAAAUCGUCCACGACGGCCAUCAACCUGGACACGGUCAAUCUGGUGCGCAAGGUGAAGACCAAGCUGAAGAAGCGCAAGAACCGCACUUUGUCCAACGGAGCUGCCAAGUAGGAUACACCACACAACCCCCAUUAGACCCCCCCAUUAGACACUUCCCUCCCAAGAAACCAGCUACAGCUGCUGCUACACCAAUAUCCUUCCAUCACCAGGAGGAGGCUAUUGAAUGUGUGUUUUAGUGUUCAAUUUAGUUCCCCUUACCGCCCACCCCAUAUUAUAUUUGUUUCGCUUUAAAUCGAAAUUUUUAGUCGAAUUUUCAACCCAAAAGUUUGUUAUGCAAAAAGGACUAGUCAAAAUUAAUAUAGUUAUAUCCCAUACAAAUACAUAUAUAUACAGCAUACCAUAUAGAGUGGAUAAUGCGUAUAUUAAAUCAAAUCUGUACCUAUGAUUAAUAUCCAUAAAAUAAUGUUAAAACGUG